UUUGAAUCCAAACAUUUAAGUCUAGCGUCGGCUACGGCGCUGAUAGCGUCUUUCGUCUCCUCUUUCGUCAACAAAUAAAGCACGUUGCCCCUCUGUUUUGCUAGCCGUGCAUGCAGGAAAUGACAACAAACUAUAACUUAACUUUGUGUAAACAUUGUUACUACCCCUUUUUCGUUGUGUUUGUACUUUUGUGGUAAAUGUUCCAUUUCAUUCAGCCUACUGUUAGUGGUGUGUGAGUGAGUGGGGCCAGCUGGACUCUUGUUGCUAUUGGUCCUUGUAGGUCGUUCGAAAAGGUGAGCCUAACAAAAACUGUAAACACUGUAAUAGGUGCAGUUCACAUCGGCAUCGGACAGAAUGCAUGAAUCAUGACCCCCGAAGCCACCGUCAAGAGGAGCCCCGUCCACGGUCCACGUCCAUCCAUACAGUUUCAGUUUAUUUUCGAGUCGGAGUCUGAGCAACAUUUGUCGAUUUAUUCUUAGUGAAACCGAAAACAUGUGUUAGUUUAGUGAAAAAAGUAAUAUCUAGUGCCAAAAUCCGAUAAUUGUUUCAGUAUUAGUUCGUGCGUGGUGUGAUUUUUAAAGAAAAUGUAAAUGGUACCAUGCCAUCGAAAAGGCAGUACGACUUAGUGCAAAAUGACGAUUACGAUACGAGAAUUCCGUUGCAUCCUGAAGAGGCAUUCCACCAUGGGAUUACGUUUCAAGCCAAGUAUAUCGGCAUGUUGGACGUUCCGAGACCUACAAGCAAAGUCGAAAUUGUUGCGGCUAUGCGCAGAAUCCGAUACGAAUUUAAAGCUAAAGGGAUCAAGAAAAAGAAGGUGACAAUAGAAGUUUCAGUAGACGGAGUAAAAGUGACACUUAGGAAAAAAAGAAAGAAAAAGAACUGGAUUGACGAGGGCAAAUCAAUUAUUCUUAAUCACCCUAUAUAUAGAGUAUUUUACGUAUCCCACGAUUCCCAAGAUCUCAAAAUUUUUAGUUAUAUAGCUAGAGAUGGAGCUUCCAAUGUGUUCAAAUGUGCUGUAUUUAAGUCUAGUAAAAAGAGCCAAGCUAUGCGGGUAGUGCGGACUGUAGGUCAAGCAUUCGAGGUGUGCCAUAAACUUUCUUUGAAUAAUCCUGAAAACGAUCAAGAUCAGGAUGAACAAGAUACGCUUACUCAAGACUUACUUAGCGACCGCCUUAGUGAUAUUACUAGUGAUAAGCAAAAACGAGACAUGAUGUCGGAAGGUGCUAGCGAUAGGAUGUCCCUACCUCCAGAUGAUUACAGCUUUAAGGAUCUAGAGAAUUGCAAAAACGUUAGAACUCCUACCCAACUUGAUAUCCUUCCUCCACCUCCGCACAAUAAUAAGAAUAGUAUGUUGACCUCGGCAGAAAUGUACUCUUCUCCACAUAGCGACGGUAUAACUACAGGAAGUGCGGAAAGUGGGGGAAGUUUGCCUCCACCUGGCAGUGCUCUGUCUACUCACCAUGAAAUUCAACUCAUGAGGGAACAACUGGAACAGCAAACACAACAAACACAAGCAGCUUUGGCGCAACUUCAGUUAGCCAGAGAACAGUUGGCUGCAGAACAGAGUGCGAGACUCGAAGCUCAAGCAAGAACACAUCAACUUCUAAUCCAUAACAGAGAACUCCUGGAUCAUAUAGCAGCACUAGUAGCCCACCUUCAAGGAAACGAAAAAUCUGGUCAACAGCCCACUCCUCCACAGAUGGCAAUGCCCCAGCACCAAUCACACCAAGGGCACAACGAUAGUCCAGAUAUGUACGAAUAUGCCGACAGUCCAGUAGCCAAUCCCUUGGGAUUUAACACUUCCGGAUCAGUAGACAACAGACCAGCUACAUCGUAUCCUCCAACGUCACCACUCCGAACGUCAUUUAAUCCAGGAGGAAAUUUGUUCAAUUUUUCUUACCCGCCUACCAUGGAUGCAGCUGCUUUUGAAAACCAACUCAUACAAAAGCUGCAAGCCUUGAGCAACUUCCAACCUAGUAGCCCUUUCCAAUAUCCUUACUCACAGUCGAUGCCAUUUUUGUUGCAGAGUUUGUAUUCGUCACCUUUAAUGAAUAAUACAUAUUCCUUGCAAAAUCCUCAUAAAAAUAUGCCAUUAUUUAUGGGUAAACCGCUCGGAGCUGGAAGACAUAGUGAACCUAGACAACUGAAUCCUACGUAUUUCAACCCAAAUCAAUCACCACCUAGUAAAAAAGAAGAUUAUCAUAAUCCUCAGUACGGUACACUACGGCAACAAAAUUAUAGUGCCCAAAACAGUCAAACUAACAACGAGACAUAUCAACAAAAGGACCCAGACUCGCCCCUAUAUCAAAAAAUAAUUCCCAAAAAGGAACAAGAAGAAACGAAGCAAGUUCGGUUGCAGCACAAUCAAAGAGAGUCUAGCCCCAAUCCAAUAUAUCAAACAAUUAUACCUAAGAAGGAUCUUAGUAAUGGUAAACACAUAAAAAUCCAGCAAAACGAGUCGCUGAAAAGAGAAGCUAGUCCCAGACCUCAGGAAGGAGAUAGAAGUUGUGGUCAGUUCAUCAGACCUCAUUCGCAAGUCGGGACACUGACCACGACUGAUGCUGAUGGACGGCUUCGAGUUGUAGUGCCAGUGUUGUCCGGUUCCAAGGAGGAUCUAAGUGAAAGUUUUAGUAAAUUACGGACUGAUGACAAGUAUAAAGGAUCAUCAUUGUCGAGGACUUAUAGUGAUAGAUAUAGUAAAAGUAGUCCGCAAGCACCGGCUUCUAUUAUGAGGCACAAGAGUAAAUAAGGUUUAGGAUGUACAGGUCGACAGAAAUAUCUGAAACCGCCAAGGUCAGAGCGGUCGAAAACUUUGGUUACGCGACGUUGUCAGAUCAAUCGGGUUUCAAAUGUUUUUCGGAUUUUUAUUUAUUACCUGUUUCACAGUAACAUUGAUAACAAUUCUAUGUAGUGCAGUCACUGAAGGUUUUCACCUCCGAUUUUGUUGAACCUUCAUCAAUUUUCUUGAAAAUUAGUAAGUAGUUAGACGAUACCUCAGGAAACAAAAGUGACAUGGUACCAACUUGCGCUUUUAUCAUGGGGGUGGAUGCCACCCUUUCCCGGCGUGAAAAUUAUUUUAUUAAAAAUAACCCCAUAAAUCGAUAGAGGUACAAGUUCUAAGCAAAAUUUGUUAUAUCAAGUUAUUAAAAGAAAUCAAUACUUUUCGAGUUAUUAAAGAUCAAAGAAUUUAAUUUUUUGUGAAAAAAAAGCUUGUUUUAAAGCUGUUUUUCAUAAAUAACUCAAAAACUGUAAGUUUUUACAUAUGAGUUACUAUUACCCGAAUUGAAGCGAACAAAAAAUUAAAGAAAUUUCUUACUGGAAAACCCUUUUAAUAUUAAGGGGGUAGGCGCAAAAUCUUAGUGCAAUGCGAUUUAAAUCGAAUCGAAUCCUGAGAAAACUAAUAGGUAUUUCUGAAAAAUUUAAACGCAGAAUGAAAGAUUACAUUAUUACCGAGGGCCGAAAGUCUCUGAAAACUUCUAUAAUGUUUACAAAAGAGAAAAUUUAGUUUGAUUUUUAGUUUCAAAAAUUUCAUUCAAAAGAAAUUUUUGUUUAUUCUAAGGGACUUUCGGCCCUCGGUGAUAAUGUAAUCUUUCAUUCUGCGUUUAUAUUUUUCAAAAAUAUUUAUAACUUUUCUUAGGAUUAGAAAAAAAUGAAUGCAUUUAAAUAGCAUUUGACCAAGAUUUUGCGCCUUCCCCCUUAAUACACAGUGAGUUACAGGUAUCUAAUUGAACCUAUAUUUUUUUUUCCGGUGAGUUCUCAAACAUAUUAUAAGUAUUCAAGCUCAAAUAACAGGAAGACGAUGCAUUGUAUAACAUAUAUAGUACAUUACUGUAGCGUGAUUAGUGUAAUUACUUCUAAUUACAAUAAAACUAGCGGUUCGUAAUUUAUAUACGACUUUAUUUAUAUAAGUUACAGACGAAUUUAUCUUAUACACUUUACCUUAAGACUAACUCUAUUCACAAAAAUUAUGCCUUAUAUAUCCUAGUCG